AUGAUAUCAAAAUUUGAUAUUUUCAUCGUUUUCUUAAUAAUUCUAAUCAGCAGUACAUCAAUGUGUAAUAAUGAUAAGGAAACAAAUGUCAUGGAUCGUGUAUGUUCAUUUGGUGGCAAUGCUGCUUGUCGUACAUAUUGUUUUUUUACACAAGGUUCAUUGACAGGUUAUUGUGAUGCAAAUAAUGAUUGUAUUUGUAAUUCAACAUUAACUACAAAUAACAAUGAUGUUAUCACAGAUGUUGAAAUAAUUAUCAUUAACAAAUAA